AUGAGGACUCUUAAGCUUCAGCUCGACUACGUUCUGGCGAGAAACAUUCCUCAGUCAGAUCUUCGAAAAUCUAGAGUUAUUUGGGAAGUCGCAUUCGACUCUGACCACCGUCCAGUUCUCCUCAGCUUCAAGAUACGGUUCCACAAGAGAAACCGAGGAGUUCCUCUUCAACCGAAAAUCGACAUGGCACGUCUGAAAGACGAGGAAUGCAGAAAAUUCAACGUUUGUCUAUUCACGUUAGUAGGACCAGGAAGAAGCUACAUGCGGAUUCCUUCACAGAGUUCAUCUAGGAGGGAAACAAGGAAAACGCUCCCGGUUCUAUUGCCGCGGAAGAAGUUUGCCUUUGCAUCUGCGGAAACAAAAUCCACGUACAAUUCUGUAUGUGUCGCGCGCAGCGCUGGUGACUUCAACCAGGAAAAGGGUCUUAGAAGGAAGCUGCGUCGUCAACUGCAAUAA